AUGACUGACGUUAAGCCAAUGUUUCAACUAAGGAAGGAUAUCCUGAAUGAUGAAACUACUGGCACGAGUGCCAUUGAAAAUGUUGACAGUGGUAAUGAGGAGUCCAUGAUCUAUCAGCAAGUUGGUGAUCAGACCAAGGUCUUGACCGAAAAUGACAAGUAUUUGGUCAAAUGUAUAAAUUCCUUCAAUGCUGAGCAACUUCCUAUUCCCUCUCAUGUUCCUUUCUACUCCACAAUAGAUGGUGUAAACAAGCAGUGCUCCUAUAAUGAUAAUGAGAAUUUAUAUGUAUGGAACUUCAUCAAUUCGAAAUGGGACGACUCUAAUUAUUGUAAAAUACCAUUGAAUACUGACAGUAGUUCAUCGGUAAACGCUCUCCCAAAAUCGGUUUUUAUUUUGCCAACUAAUUAUGAUACUGAUGCUGAGAUGUUAGGACUAGAAAAUAGCAAUUCUUCGAAUGGUAUUGUUGGUGGUGUGAUUCUGGUAGAAAACACAGCAGACGCGACUUACUUAGUAUACUACGAAGAUAUGCGUUCAAUUAACCAUCUUUCGACAUCUAUAUCUAAAAAUAUGGCCCAUUUAUUAGAUUUGAAACUACAUUCAGAAGAAAAGGUAACGCUGAUGCUUAACUCAGAACCGGCAGGUCUUGUACUAGCUACUACAGAGGGAAGAUUGAUGUUUAUAACCAUUAGAGAGACAAAUGGUAAACCCUGCCUAACGCUUAAACAGCAACUGAUUAGGCCUAAGGGUAGUGGUCCUCUAGCUUUUUUGAGUCUUUUCUCAAGUAGUAAUGAAAUCAUAUCACUAAGAAAUGGGCCGAUUAUUGGGAAAGGUGAGAGAAUCGUAUAUGUUCUUACAAGAAAUGGCCGCUUUCAAGUGUGGAAACUGUCAGUUGCCUCUAAAUGCGUUAAGAUGAUGGAUACUAAUUUCUACGAUAGCAUACUAGAUGAUUUGGUAGAGCUUUAUCCCUUUGCUCAAGGCUCCUUAAAGAUUUUGGAUACACAUCCGAUAACAAAUCAACCGUUCUCUCCACAAGUUGUUCUAACACAGAUAUCCAGUUCAGAUGAGACCAACUUUAUCUUGUCUACCAUAAUUCUAGAUGAACAAACAAACUCUUUCACAAUAUUUUCAACAUAUAGAUUGAAUACCUACAUCAUGAAGGGAAACAGUGCAUUAGCUAAACCAAAACUUUGCGUACCAAGCUCAUUACAAAGUGCCACUUCAAAGUAUUUUGAUCUCUUCAUUGUAUUUGAUAAAGCAGUUGUCAUAACGCAGACUAGUUCAAAAUUGGACUCUACAUAUACUUUGAAAAGAAAAUGGGAAGAUAUCAUCAGUUUCAAUAAAGAAAUACAAAUAUUAGCCGAAAGUAAUGACGCAUCUACAGUGUAUUUACUCACUAAAGGUAUGGGAAUUAUAUCCAUCAUUCCAAAAAAGGAGAGAGGGGAAACUGCGUACGAAGAAUCUUUUGUUAAGUCGCAUCUUGACCAAGCAAUCUAUUUUUCUUCCAGUAGUAGCAACCCAGUAGAGUUUAAUCUACCUGGUGGCCUCCAUCUUGAGCAAGAUGAAGUCGAAAAUGACUUGAAGACUGCUAGUGAAGAGAUUUUAUUGUCCUCAUCAAAAUAUAUUCCACCUUUGACAGAUAAUAUUGAGAAGCAUUUGAGUCUCAGAUUAGUAUACUUUAGAAACUUGAUCAGUUUUGUUAAGGAUAACUUCGCUUUCAGUAUUUCACCUUCUAAAAAGCUAGAUAUAAUAGAAAACUUCGAGCUGUUAAACUGUUUUCACAAAUUCAACAAUUUUAUCAGCUCAUCAAACUUUGAACUGAAAUCUUUUUGGGACAGAACUCUUGAGGCUAAUGGUAAUAUCAACGAAAUCGAAUUGGCUGUGGAGAAAAUCCAUAGGUUCCCUGAUCUAUUCUCUACUUAUUUGAAUACUAUAAUAAAAGAGCUACCAUCUAAGUCCUACACGUUCAAACUGACGCUUGCUGACCUAAUAAUUGAAACCAUAUAUGAUGCUAUUUUAGAGGAAGGUGAGAAGAAGUUAAGAUAUGAAUUUUUGUCCCUCGAUCCACUUGAACUAAAUACACAUCUGCCAUGGUUCAUUAGCAUAGAUAUCCUCGAUUCUAUAAAUCAACUUUUUUUCGAUCUAAAGUUCUCGCUUGAGGGUCAAGAGAAAAACGCAAAUACCCAACUUUUAGUGAUAGUAAAGACAUUAUAUUAUCUUUUUAAUCAGGUGCGCUUGUUCUUUUUGAAAGAAAAUAAUAUGAAUGAUGUUAGUGCACAAGAUUUUAUGAAGAAAUGUGACCAACUUUAUGAGAAUAAUCAUUUAGCUUGGAACCAGACAUUAUGUGAACUUGGUUUGAAUGAGGAUUCGUUAGAGAUUUCAGAAUUUUAUCACGACUUUGUAUCAUUAGUGGAAACUUUAGAUACUUUAGAAGCAGUUGAAUCAAAGGCACUUUAUGAAGAAUAUUUUGCCAGAUUCGGUGAACAGUUUGCCCAUACCCUAUUUGAAUACUAUGUGAAGAAAAGUAAACUGCAAGACUUGUUUUACAGAUUUCCUGAGCAACAGGAAUUUUUAGUGUCUUUUUUUAAGAAGUACCCACAGUAUGGCAGAGUUUCAUGGAUAUUCAGUAUCAUUAACUAUGAUUACGCAAGUGCCGCAGCAACAUUGUAUGACAUUACUAGUGGUGAUAGAGCCUCUGCCAUGACUUUGGAAUCAGCCCAGUUAUACCUAAACAUUGCUAAACUAAGUACCUUGGCAGCGCACGAAAACCACGCUAAUGUUAAUUUACUGGGAGCCCUGAAGAGGAUACAAGCCAAUCUUGACGUAGUAGAUGGAGGCAAAGAUUUAGUUGAAAAAUUGAAAAGAGUUGAUGGUGCACCAUCUCAUCUUCAAGCAAAUUAUAAAGGGACUGAAUUUGAGAAACUCUUUGAUCUGUUGGUAAAAAAAGUGACCAACGGCACCAUGUUACAAUUUGUGGAGGUUGUGAUUCUUUAUUCCUUGAUCGAUGACAAGGAAUGUCUAUAUCAUGCAUUAAAACUACUGGCCAUUGAUGGUGAUAUACUGGAACUGGAACUAAAGAAAUUCUUAAUAUCUUUGAUUUGGAGAAGAAGUAUUUUAUUUGAUAUUCAAAAUGCAUAUGACACUACUAGUGAAGAUUCUACCUUGCACUUUGUCUUAAAGCAGUACUUGGAAGAUGAACUAUUCCGCGCUAAUUGUCCAUUGCCAACUGUAGGCGUUCUGACUGAAAAGACCAUGUUUACUGAAAGCUUAUUGAGUAGUUUGUUUUCCAAUUACGAAUUGGACACGAAGAAACUGCAGGAUAUAUUAGAAAAGGAAUAUAAUACUGUAGAGUCCACCGCUGUUGAUAUUGAAAAACGGAUUAUUGAAACGAUAUCUUCUCUAGACAAAGCUAAUGAUAAUUCAUACACCGUUAAUUAUCACGAUCUAACUAUAGAGUAUCAGAACUGA